CAUCCGGUUAUGGAGUCUGGGCUGAGCUUUGACAAGAAAGCUCUUCCAGCUACAUAGACAUUAACGCCUAUGCUUACCUCGAUGGUUGUAGAUGACAGUUCGACUAAAUGAAGAAGCGAACGUCUGCAUUAUUGCAAGAGUUGAUGGGAAGCGUCGUCUUCUAAACAGACUUAGAUUAUCAAAGGCAGUUGACAUUUCCACUCUAGACUAUUGAAAUUACUGAUCAAGGCCUGGUCAUGAAUAAACAACCGAGCAAGGAGAGCCUGAAGGAUAAGGUGAAGGGGAUAUUUGGGCUAGGUCCUGCUCGCCCACCCAGUCGACAAAGUGAUUCAAAAUCAUCUGAAAUUAUAAUCACAAAUGACAUCAUAAAGGAGCUACACCCAGAUUGUGGUCUCAAUACAAGAAUUCGUAUGAUUAACUAUGUCUGUGAACUUGCCAAAACAAAAAAAUUUGAAGAGCAUGCAGUUGAAACUGUAUGGAAAUCAGUUGAGGAUAUGCUGGUUCCAGAGCAGCCACCUGAAGCCCGACACGCUGUCUUACAGCUUUUAAAGGCUAUUAUACAGGGACAGGGAGAACACUUUGGUCCUUUGAGAGCUUAUUUUUUCAAAGUGAUCAGAGACUACCAACCAAGCAAUGAAGACCUCUCCUAUAGGCUGGAUGUUUUCAAGGCCUUAACAGAAGAUGGAAAAGAUAUCACAUAUCUUGAGGAAGACAUAGCCUUCUUUGUCCUCCUGUGGAUGGACAUAGGUCUCACAUCAGACUUUCUCCAUGUUCUUGUAAACCUGGUGAAGUUCAAUAGCUGCUACCUGGACCAAAAUGUGUCAGUCAUGGUCCAGAAAAUUUGUCUUUUGUGCAAUAGAACAAUAUCAUCCACUGAUAUUGAGGUUGCGCUUCAAGUACUGGAUGCUGUGGUGUGUUACAACUGCCUGCCUUCAGACUCUCUCAUUGUCUUUAUCAUCACACUCUGUCGAACCGUAAAUGUCAAGGAGUUUUGUGAGUCUUGUUGGAAGCUGAUGAGGAAGGUGUUAGGGACUCAUCUAGGCCACAGUGCCAUUUACACUAUGUGCCGAAUCAUGGAGGAAAGGGUGUACAUGGAGGACGCUCCAUUGUUGAGAGGAGCUGUAUUUUUUGUUGGCAUGGCACUUUGGGGGGCACACAGACUCCCUGCCCUCAAAAACACACCCACACUGGUUUUGCCAUCCUUUUAUAAGGCUAUGUCGUGUGCCAAUGAGGUGGUUUCCUAUGAAAUCGUCCUCUCCAUCACCAGGCUAAUCAAAAAGUAUGGCAAGGAACUUCAGGUGGUCACCUGGGACAUCCUGCUGGGGAUCAUUGAACGACUGCUGCAGCAAAUCCAGACGAUAGGCAGUGCUGAGUUAAAGGUCAUUGUCUAUGAGCUGUUGACCACAGUGGAGGAACUCUAUGACCAGAAUGAUUACCACGGGUCCACAGAGAAGUUCUUCAGUCUGGUGGAGAAAUGUGCCGACAAAAGACCUGAUGCAUCAGUGCUGACCCUCAUCUCAUAUAGAGCCCAGUCCAUCCAGCCAGCCAAGGAUGGUUGGAUUCAAAGCCUUUAUCAUCUAAUGGAGAAGUUUUUUAAGAAUGAGACUCGCAGUGUUAUAAGGAUUAAAGUGCUUCACAUCCUGUCCUUCGUCCUCAGCACCAACAGACAGCUGUACGAGGAUGAGUUAAUUGAAAUAGUGGUAAUUCCACUGCUCAGUGGUAUAGCUGAAGACCGGGACCUGGCUGUCAGGAAACAAGCCACACAGCUGCUUGUAGAUCUUGCCGAAGGAUGUAACACACACCAUUUCACCAGCCUGCUGGACAUCAUCGAGCGAGUGGCUAGUUGCUCUCUGGUGUGUUCAGAAACCCCCGAGUUUUCUGAAAGAGACCCAACACUAGAGUCUCCUGUGGAGGAUGUUAGGACAGCUGUUCUUGGCCUACUGGAAAUCCUGCAGAGCAAGCUCUACAGUCUUCCUGUUAGCCAUGCAAGUCGUGUUUAUGAAUUACUCAUCAACCACCUGCAGCUUCACUACAGAAACAAGUAUUGUUCAGCUAUUGCCUCCAGUAUUAGACUACAGGUAUUUGACUUCUUCCUGAUGAUGCGUGCAGACUCUCUGCAUCGUCUUGGCGUUCCCAACAAAGAUGGAGUCAUUAGGUUUAGCCCUUACUGCUACUGUGACACAGGGGAAACAGAAAAACGAGUUAAUGAAAAGAAGACAAUCGGCACAACAUCUCCGCCUGCUGACCGUGCAGCCACCCUGGCUCCUCCUCUUUCAGCAUCCUCAGUACGCUCGGCCUAUCUGCCGUAUGCACCAGCCUUCAGUGUUAUUCUUCAGUGCCUGAAGAUGGAAGUGGACUGGAAGGUUCUGAAGCUCGUUCUUGACAAGCUGCCAUGGACCCUGCAGUAUAAAGUGCUGCUACUGACAUCACCGUGCAGCUUAGAUCUUCUCUGUUCAAAUCUCUGCUACAUGGUUACUGAUCGUCUUAUCUCGGAGCGUCUAAAAAAGACUCCUGAAGGAUUUUCCCGCACUGAUGUUCAACUUGCAGUGGUUCCUGUCCUCACAGCUCUUACCUCCUACCAUAAUUAUCUAGAGCAGUCAAGACAGAGGGAACUGGUUCAGUGUCUUGAGACUGGCCUCAUUUACCGUUGUGCAAAGCAGUGUGUAGUGGCCCUGACAAUGUGUACAGUGGAGAUGCCUGACAUCAUGAUUAAGCUUCUUCCUGCGUUCAUAGUCAAGCUCACCCAUAUCUCUGCCACUGUUGCCAUGGCAUCUCCAAUGCUGGAGUUUCUGUCCACUUUGGUGCGCCUCCCCCAUCUCUAUGCCAACUUUGUAGCCGAGCAGUACGUCAGUGUGUUUGCCAUCUCUCUACCCUACACCAAUCCAUCGAAGUUUAACCAGUACAUCGUAUCUCUGGCUCAUCAUGUGAUCGCAAUGUGGUUCAUACGCUGCAGACUACCCUUCCGUAAAGACUUUGUUCAGUAUAUAACUAAGGGUUUGCGUUCCAACGCCCUUUUGCCUUUCGACGACAGUCAUGAGCAGAGUCCAUUUCGUGCCAGGAGCACCAGCCUCAAUGAACGACCCAAGAGUCUACGGGCGGCAAAAGUGGCAAAUGCAGCAGCAGCAGUAGCCAAUAGCAGCGGCUCUCCUGUUAAAGAGCUGAGGGACCUGUCAGCCAUCGACGCUUUCCGCUCCCGCAGCAUCAGUGUCUCCGAACAUGCUGUCCGAAGGAUGCACACUUCAACCACUACAUGCAGCCUCGGUGCCGCUGAUGAAAAUGCGGUGACCCAGGCAGAUGAGGGGCUGAAGACUGUACACCUGGAGCUCACUGAAACCUGUCUUGAUAUGAUGGCACGAUACGUUUUCUCCAACUUCUCUGCACUGCCAAAGAGAUCUCCAAUUGCAGAGUUCCUGUUGGCUGGGGGUCGCAGUAUGACCUGGCUUGUGGGCAACAAGCUGGUGACUAUAACAACUAGUGCGGGGGUCAGAACUCAGGCACUACUGGGUUUGGACAUGGCUGAACGACUGGCAGGAGGAGUGGGGGAACUUACAAGGUCAGAUCCGUCACUACACACUCGAAUUACCAAAGAGGCUCCAGCUAAACUGGAGUCACAGUCCAGCCAGCAGAACAGAGCUGCACGCAUCCGCGUUCGCUCCAUGUCAGGGGGGCAUGCUCUACGCACAGGUCCUUUGCAGAGUCUGAGUCCUCUUGUGUCAUCAUUUGAGGGGGAGUUAGCUGCCCCUCCCUCUCACUGCUCUGGUCCGACCCUUGAUCCCCUGGGCACUCCCCCCUGCACCUCUGCUACAUCCUCAGUUCCGUCACCUUUCAAAGACAACCCCAGUCUGGCUGACUUUGUCCCUAUACUCACGCAGGGUUGGGCAGAGAUCUUCAUCCGCAGACCAUCUGGUAACACGAGCUGGCUGAUGUGUCUGGAGAAUCCACCCAGUCCCUUCUCCUCUGAGAUUGGCAACAUACCUCUGCAGGAGCUCUCCAGUGUCCUGAUGGCCAUGAAAGGAGUGAAAGAACCUCCGACCCAGACCAGUAGUGAUCCCACCAGCACGGCAGCUCCUGCACCAACACAGCUGUCUGAUUCCCCAACCCAAACGUACAGCAGUGCAGGAGGAAAGGCACAUCUGAUCCAGCGCUCAAACACAGAGUCGGUGGUGGUGUUGGAGGGGUCAGGAGUCAAAGCAUCAGCACACACGACUUCUGAUUGGGUGGAGAGCAAAGACUUCGAGCCACUGACUACUGAUCCCAUUUUUAAGUCUGCUGACAGUUUCACCAAGACUCCCGCAACACUUAGCAGGUCAUCCUCCACCUCCAGUCAGGAUGGUGAUAAGUCAACACUGGAAGAAAUAAGUGAGGGAGCGAUUCCCAUUGAUCUGCCCACCCCAGGAACUUUCACCCCAGGGAAACAGGGGUCUGAGCUUUCUUUUCAGACUCACUCUCAGUCCCAGGGUCAUGGACUCAACAAGUCCAGCUCCUCACCUGAACUGCAGACAUUACCUGAAGCCUUCACCAAGGGAGUGAUUGAGUCAGAGACAGUGUUGCCAGACACCUCACGGCCAAGAGCGCCUUCAGUUGGCAAACUUCAGUGCCAGCAGCCUCACUUUGAAAAUGAGAAAUUAGAAAUAAACACGGUAGAUAAAAUAAAUGGGUCAGGAGGUCAAACCCAAAACACCGAAGGUCCAGGUGCACCUUCUGCACAGAGUGGAGGCGCAGGGUUGAGGUUGGAGUUUCCAGCAGCAGCACAACCUGGACCUGUCUCCCCCGGUGGAGGCCACCGUCCUCGGGGUCAUACCAUUUCAGUAUCAGCCCCCUCCUCCAGGAGGGAGAGGAGGAACGAGAGGGACUCGUAUCUCAAUCGACCAGGAUCUAGCAACGCAGAAAAGCUUUCAGGACUGAGUCCAAGCUUUGUCUUCCUGCAACUUUACCAUUCUCCCUUCUUUGGCAAUGAGGCCAACAAGCCACUGCUGUUGCCCAAAACUCAGGUGAUUGACCGUGCUGUGAAGGUCCUGGACCAGAUGCCACCGUACGACACACAUAAAAUUGGAGUUGUGUUUGUGGGAGCUGGACAGGUAAACAAUGAGGUGGCCAUUCUGUCAAAUGAGUACGGUUCAAACCGAUACACAGGAUUUCUAACAGGCCUUGGCAAAUUGAUACACCUCAAAGACUGUGACCCUGACCAGAUCUUUCUCGGAGGGCUUGACCAGUACGGAGAUGACGGGGAGUUCACCUACUGCUGGCACGAUGACAUCAUGCAAGCUAUCUUCCACAUUGCCACUCUGAUGCCGAACAGGGAGAGCGACAAAGGCUGCUGCAACAAAAAGCGUCAUAUUGGCAACGAUUUUGUCAUGGUGGUGUACAAUGACUCUGGAGAGGACUACAAACUGGGCACUAUCAAGGGUCAGUUCAACUUCGUUGAAGUUAUUAUUAAGCCACUGGACUACGAAUGUAACCUGGUAACCCUCCAGUGCCGCAAAGACCUGGAGAAACUGGUCGACACGUCGGUGGCAAAAAUAAUUUCAGACCGCAACCUUCCACUUUUAGUCAGACAGAUGGCUCUGCACGCAAAUAUGGCUUCGUUGGUGCAUCAGUACAGAGCAAACCCCUCUGAUGCUUAUGCGUCCAAGUGGCUCGCACGAUUAAGACACAUUAAAAGGAUCAGGACCAGGGCCCAAGAGGACAUUCAGUCUCGCUCGACUCCCAGCAUCUCCCUGACCCAAGUGCACAGUCAGCAGAACAAAUCAUUUCAGCAGAGCGCUCCAGCACCAAACCCUGAAACGUCAGGGCAGAGGAAGAGACUUGUGUCCACAGUGGAUGAUUUUACUGAUUUUGUUUGAAUUUACUUCUAGUUCAUACACACACGCUCACACACACUUAAUCACCGACAGUGUGAUGUGUUUGCGCAUUCAUUUGAAUAAAGGGUUAUUUAAAAAGU